AUGGCAAACCGUCCCUGUAAAUUAUAUUUCGAUGGUUCUAGUCAUAAAAAUGGUACCGGAGUUGGAAUAAUGAUAGUUUCACCCAAACACCAUGUAUUUAAAUAUAACUUUCGAAUCAAUCAAUUUUGCUCUAAUAAUGAGGCUGAAUAUGAAGCCUUAAUUACGGGUCUAGAAAUAGCACUCGAACUGGGGGCAAAAUCCAUCGAAAUUAGAGGAGAUUCUGAACUGGUUCUUAGACAGAUGACUAAAGAGUAUAAAUGCGUCAAGGAAAGUUUGGUCACCUAUCAUGCAAUGGCUAGCACGCUGUUGAAACGUUUCAAUCAUGUGGAAAUUCGGCACGUACCUCGAACGGAAAACCAAGAUGCAAAUGAUCUAGCGCAAAUGGCCUCUGGAUACAAAGUACCAAAAGAUCAAAUGCAAGAGCCGAUAGAGAUUAGAAACAGACGAAAUUUGAUGGACUCAUUCUCUAGCAAAUCGUUAACGCCAAAACUUGGGGGGACUGAAACAUACCAAAAGUUCAUAAAAGGUACAAAUUUCGUCGAAAUUUUUGUCAUUAACGAUUUAAAUGAAGAUGAUUGGCGAAAGCCUAUAGUGAAAUAUUUAGAAAAUCCAGAUGGAACCACUUGUCGAAAGGUGAAAUAUAGAGCCUUGAGCUAUGUAAUAAUGGGCGAUGAAUUGUUUAAAAAGACUUCGGAAGGAGUUUUGCUGAAAUGCCUGAGUGAAACAGAUGCGGUUAUAUUGGCCAACUAUGCUCAAAGAUUGCAUAGAAUUCGCAAAGGGAUGUCAAGGAUGCCAAAAUACGCUGGAAUUCAACGCGUCCCGGCAAGUGAACUUCAUGCAAUAAUCAAACCUUGGCCAUUCAGAGGAUGGGCCUUAGAUGUGAUAGGGGAAAUCAAACCCACCUCAUCGAAAGGAUAUAGAUACAUCUUGGUAGGAAUAGAUUAUUUUACAAAAUGGAUAGAGGCAAUCCCCUUGAAAGAUGUUACUCAAGAGGAAGUUAUAAGUUUCAUCCAGAAGUUCAUUAUCUAUAGGUUUGGUAUUCCAGAAACCAUAACCACAGACCAAGGAUCCGUGUUCACUGGUCGGAAGAUGGCAAAGUUUGCCGAAGAUAUAGGUUUUAAAUUGAUAACUUCAACACCAUAUUAUCCACAAGCAAAUGGUCAGGUUGAAGCAGCAAACAAAAAUAUCAUUGCCAUUAUCAAACGUAAAAUAAAGGCAAAGCCAAAAACUGGCCUGAAGUUUUAG